AUGGGAGGAAGCCAAAGCUUAACUAAAAAGAAGUUACUCUUCCUUGGUCUUGAUAAUGCUGGUAAAACUACAAUCCUUAAAGCUUUAUCAAAAGAAAGUCCUGAUAAUGUUGCUCCAACACGUGGAUUUAACGUGAAGCAGCUCAAAACAGGCAAUUACGAAUUCAACAUUUGGGAUGUUGGCGGUCAAAAGGCUCUUCGAUCAUAUUGGGCAUCAUAUUAUGAUAAAAUUAAUGCUAUUGUUUGGGUAAUUGAUAGUGCUGAUACUCACAGAAUGGCUGAAACAGGUUUUGAACUUGCUGAGCUGCUUCAAGAAGAAAAACUAGCUGGUGUACCAGUUUUAAUCCUCGCAAACAAGCAAGAUUUAGCAACUGCAAAGAAUCCUGACGAAAUAGCAAUAGAACUGGAAUUACACAAUAUUAGAAAUAGAAACUGGCAGAUUCAAGGAUGUUCGGCUGUGACUAGCGAAGGUCUUGAAGAUGGUUUAUCAUGGCUGCGCCAAAAUGUUAAUUAA